AUGGCGCCCACGACGACGACCCUCGCCACAACCGUCGCCAGGCGGCCCGGGGCGCAUGCGCGCGGGAGCGCGCCCCCCCCGAGCAGGCGGCGGCCCUCACCACAACCGUCUCCAGGUGGGCCGGGGCGCAUGCGCGCGAGAGCGCCCUCCCUCUUCAGCCGGCGGCGGCCCUCGCUACAACCGUUGCCAGGUGGGCCGGGGCGCGUGCGCGCGGGGCGCCCUCCCUCGGCCGGCCGGCCGGCCGUUGACUCUGAGCCGGCGGCGGCCCUCGCCACAACCAUCGCCAGGUGGGCCGGGGCGCAUGCGCGCGAGGCGGCCCUCAGCACAACCGUCGCCAGGUGGGCCGCGGCGCAUGCGCGCGGGAGCGCCCUCCCUCUGAGCCGGCGGCGGCCCUCACUACAACCGUCGCCGGGUGGGCCGGGGCGCAUGCGCGCGGGGCGCCCUCCCUCGGCCGGCCGGCCGGCCGUUGACUCUGAGCCGGCGGCGGCCCUCACUACAACCAUCGCCAGGUGGGCCGGGGCGCAUGCGCGCCCUCCCUCUGAGCCGGCGGUGACCCUCACUACGACCGUCGCCAGGUGGGCCGGGGCGCAUGCGCGCGAGAGCGCCCUUCCUCUGAGCCGGCGGCGGCCCUCACUACAACCGUCGCCAGGUGGGCCGGGGCGCAUGCGCGCGAGGGCGCCCUCCCUCGGCCGGCCGGUCGUUGACUCUGAGCCGGCAGCGGCCCUCACUACAACCGUCGCCAGGUGGGCCGGGGCGCAUGCGCGCGAGAGCGCCCACCCUCUGAGCCGGCGGCGGCCCUCAGUACAACCGCCGCCCGGUGGGCAGGGGCGCAUGCGCGCGAGAGCGCCCAUCCUCUGAGCCGGCGGCGGCCCGCACCACAACCGGCGCAUGCGCGAGAGCGCCCUCCCUCUGAGCCGGCGGCGGCCCUCACAACCGUCGCCAGCUUUCUCCCUACUGUAAACGUGAUUUGGUGAAAUUGGGGUACCUGAGGAAGUAAAACAAGCCAGCCAAUUUGGAUAUCUGCAAAACGACGACUACUUCAGUGACCCCCGAUUUAGAGUGCCCCACAGAAUGUUAUUCUUUCUCCAUUUACUUGGCUGAACUUUUAAUUAAUUUAUCUGAAUAAACUGGGUGUUUUUUUCUGAA